ACAAAAAUGGCGAAAACUGUUGAUUUAUUGAAUAUUGACGUGGAUCUACUGUUUAAGCAGCACAAUGUAGCCGAAAUUGAUCUGGUGCAUAAGCGGUUGCUAAAUGAAAUUGAGCUAAAGCGCGAAGAACUACGAACGAUGGUCGGUGAACGCUAUCGUGAUCUGCUAAAGGCUGCCGAUACCAUCGGUGAUAUGAAGGACACGGCUGGUUCAAUAAUCGGCAAUAUUGAUCGCAUCACGGCUCGCUGUCAGCAGCUGAACGAUCACAAUUUGAUUGGAUUUCGCACCGGAAUCGACUACAAGCGCUUGCAGAAGAAAAACCGUGACCAUAACUUCCAUGGUGUAAUCGUACAGAUUAAACUACUGACCAGUUUGCCUGAGAUGAUUUGGAGCCGCAUCGAUAGAGAGGAUUACUUUGUGGCCACGCAACUGUUCAUCUUUGCACGGCACAUCUCGACGGGGCUCAGCUUGGACACGGAACGGGAAACCAUGCGCAAAUUUCCUGUAGCCGCCAAACAGUGGCAAGUGCUGAGCCAGUUCUUCUUCACAAUUGAGUCCGCUUGUCGCGAAUCGCUGGGCCGUGAGGAACUUUCUGUUGCUGUGGCUUCGAAAAGUUUGGCGAGUUGGCUGCUGUUGGAAUCGUGUCCAGUGGAGCAAACGCUUGCCAUGUUCACGGAACGACGCUCGAAAGCUUACCUUGACGUGUUGGAUGAAAACGAAACUGUAUAUGAGAAGGUAAAGGAUAAAUUGCUAGCAAGCCUGAAGGUACUGAACGGUACGGUGCGAUUGUUUUAUGAGUGUUUCGUGGACGAUGGAACGGCGGACGAUGGCGUUGGCGGCUUUCAACGAGAGCUGCAGCACAUUACCGGAGAUAAGGCAGCUUCAACCAUAGGGCUGAUACGGUCGGAAGAUCCUAUGAUCAUGCAAAUGAUACCAGAAAUGAUUGCAAAGUUUCGUCCCCGUCUGGAACGGAUCACCCUGGAAGAGGAGCAAGUUCGUGUGGCCGUUGGUACAUUUCUAGCAAACAUCGAAACAGCGGUUGUGGGUCGUUUGAAACGGUUGGUCAGUUUGGUACCGUCCAUUAAAACGUUACACGACAUUAAGAUGCAAGCAAUCGCUUUGGAAAAACCUUCCCAUUGGGGAAUCAUUACCGGGAGGUUAGGACUACCAGAAGGAACGGAUUUUUAUGCAACAUUUUACCAACGGCUCAUAAACGAUCGUAUGCAAAGCAUAAUCAAAUCAGCAUGGAGCGAAACAGUACAGCAAACACGUGUGGACGUAUUGCAUUUAUUGCUCCAAAAACCGGCUGACUUGAAGGCAUUUGUUUGGAAAGAAUCGCUCGAUGAUGUUCCGAUGAAUUUGAAGGCUGCGCUGGAUCGAUCCGUGCCAUCUAACCGCAAACUGCUCAUGAAGGCCAGAGGAUACACGCCAGCGUUAGUCGCACUAAGUGGUUCACUGAAUGGACGAUUACAAUCGUUAACGAGUGACGUUGAAUCGUUCCUUUCGUCCUCCAGUCUUUCCGAGGUUGGCGAAAUGCUGGCAUACUUUCGACAAUGCUGCGUGGAAGGUGUGGCUGAGCUGAUCACUGUCAUAAAAUCGGCCGCGUUUGAACCCACCGUUGAACGGUAUGCACUGAUGGCCAGGUUUCUUUCGGCUGUGCGUGAACUGUGUCCUGCGCUGCGAGAAUGCUUUAUACCAACGACAAUAGGGCUAGCUGAGAGCUGGCAAUCAGGAAGAAAAUCAUCGUCCACCAUGGCAGUGUCACAGGAGGAUUCAGAACGGUGGACAAAAGUAGCCGGAUUACUCGAGGAAGAAAGCCUGAACUGCUGGACACUAUGGGUGGAACGGUUCCAGCAACUCUGGCCAUUGCUACCGGCUGCCGUUGGGUAUGGUACGCUGUUGAACGAUUUCCCCGUCUGGGAGACGGUUACGAUCGAAGAGAAUGAUGAAAAUAAUCAACCGAUCCAAUCUACAAUCCGUGUGCCGUCGCAACCAAGCUUUCCGGUACAAAAAUGUCUGCAUCACGUGCACGAACUGCUAAACGAAACCAUUCCGCAAACCAUUCCACGUCCGAUUAUGCUGCACAUAGUAGAACGGCUUGCAGGUUUACUGCUGAAACAUUAUGCUGCCCUGGCCGAGGAUGAGUUCGUCAAGCAGAAUCAAACCGUGGCCUUACAGUUUUAUCUAGAUCUACGGUUCCUGCAGCUUAUGCUGAUCGGACGCGAGCAGAAGCAGCUAAAUGAGAGUUUCAAUGAACUAAUCGGUCGCUUUAAAUCCUGCAUCGAUCCAUUCGAUUUUGACGUGUUUUAUGCGCACCUGAAUGCGAAUGUUAAGCGGUCCGCAUUAAAAUUACAACACUUCCUUGGCGCACUCAUAUGCCACAGUGAGCAACUGGCCACGAUCGUGGGCAGUGGACCGGAGGUAGACUUAUCCAGUUCUAUGGCAUCGGACAAAAACCCCAACAUCCUUGCACUCAGCUCUAACAGUUUAAACAUGGUGUGGUUUCCGCUACUUCCGGUCGUGAGUAAGGACACUGCCGCAUCAACGGUGGACUCGCUCGGGUUAAGUUCUUCAUUGCGAAGUGAAAACUACACUGCUAAGGUUCAGAAACAUACAACCGCCGGUGAUGGUGAAACGGGAAAGGGUGCUUUCGGUGGUGCAAGUGGCGCUAUAAAACAGUCUACCAGUAAAGAGACGACAUCAGCAGGUACAGCGCAACAAUACGCCAAAGGUGCUGCCGCUUUCUUCGGCUUGGAUAAGGAUUGGUUCCGAUGA